CCACCCUUUAACAGGAAUUAUGUAGCCCAUAAACCCACCUCCUUUAGCCAAACUAAGCUUUUUCUCUGUAUUCAGUUUCAUUUCUACUUUUUUUUUUGUCUUCUCUCUGCCUUUAGGAGUAUAGAAAAAAUACUUUUCCAUAGUUUUAAUUUACUCAUAUAAAUAAUUUUUUUUAAUUUAGCCACCACUGAUAUAAUGAAGAUGUUAAAUCUUUAUCUCAGCAGCGUGUUUAUCUGUGCCUGGUUACUGGCAACCCAGGCCCAGAAGGUCAUGAUAAAAAACGUACAGAUGGAGAAAUGCAUUCAUGUGACGCAGGAUAGUGGCAGAGUCUCCCUGGUGCAGUGUAAACACCAUUCUGAACAGCAGCAAUGGAUUUGGGACCAUAAUAGAGGCGCUCUAAUGGACAUGAAGAGCAACAGAUGCCUCACUGUGCACAGUGUAGAAGAGUUUUCCACUGUGAAGAUAGAACCAUGUGAAACAAAUAAGAAUCAAGCUUGGACCUGUGACAAGAGGGGUCACUUGACCCUACAGAACCAUGACCUGCAUCUAACCGCCAAGCUAGGAACCAAGAAGGUCUUUGUAUCGAAAGGAAGGGACAAGUUCAGCAAAUGGAAGACAACACUGGAUGAGUCGGUUUGUAAAGGGGUCGAACCAACUCAACGUAUGCAGCACAAAGAUGAUCAUGUAGUGGAGCAGGUUUCAGAGGUGAUUCAUGAAUUAGCUAAACUCACCAGCACCACAGAGAGAGUAGAGAAAGUCUCCAGCGACCCCACUCAGCUUUCUGAAGUGAGCAUCACCUCCGGCGUUACAGACAGCAUGCAGCUCAGUGAGGCAGACAAAGAUGAGGCUGAUGUUAGUGCAGUCAAAACCAUCAUUGAAAAGAAGUAUGUGCCAGGGAAAGACCGCAUGGGGUGGAAGAUGGCAAUGCUAAUUCUCAGCCCAUUUGCGUUCAUGCUGGGAGGGAUUAUACUGGUUCUGAAUAUACAACAGAACAAGAAAAGAAAGCUGUCUGCAUUACCCAGUUAUCCCAAAUCCAUUCAUAAAUUCAGUACAUCGUAUGAACAAGCCCCUCUAACAGGAAGAGGUGAGGGUGCUGAGACGAUAGACCAACCUCCACAAUCUCCCACCCUUAGACAUGGCGAGAUCCUGAUUGAAUGGAAGGAUGGUACAGUCACCCCUCUAUAUGAUCAUCAACAAACCUGAACUACCCAUGACCUAUAAAACACAGAAUGGUCUUAUUUCUGAGAAUUUUAAGACUGAAAAAUAUUGUUUUUCCAAUAAUGUUUAAAAACAUCACUAAUUAAAAAUACCAGUGUCACACUAUUUCCCAUUUUAUCUGUAAACUGGAUCUACAGAAUUUAGGAGAAAUAAUUUAGAGCUGUAUUUAAUGAAAGUCUAACGGACAUGUAGCGUGUGCAUUUUUUUUUAAACUAUUAAAGAAUCUGAGCUUCUAAA